AACAAAUUCUCUAAUGCUUUCUUUAAUUGAUAGAAGAGGGCUGCUGUAGCAAUCCUGAAGAGGGCUACUUCUAAACUGCACUGAACUUCAGAAAUCACUGGAAGUGAAGAAUACUUUGGCUAUUACCUAACAAGGUAACAGAAUGGAGAACAAACAGCAAAGCAACAGUGAGAUGAAAGACAAUAAGGCAGUGAAGAAAAAAAUGAAUUGGUCUGGGAGUCUUAUUGUAGCCUCUUUAACUGGUGCUUUUGGAUCGUCUUUUCUUUAUGGUUACAAUCUCUCGGUGGUGAACGCUCCUGCAGUGUAUAUCAAGAAGUUUUACAACGAAACUUGGGAAAGAAGAUAUGGCUUCUCGGUGGAUGAAAGCACACUGACUCUCCUCUGGUCCAUAACCGUUUCUAUUUUUGCCAUUGGUGGCCUUGUAGGUGCCAUUAUUGUUACCCCAAUUGUGAAGUUCUUUGGACGGAAAUGUACGUUGCUGCUCAAUAAUGUGUUUGCAGUGACAGCUGCGUUGUUGAUGUCCCUCUCCUUGUUGGCGGGAUCGUUUGAAAUGCUCAUACUGGGCCGCAUUAUAAUGGGUGUUGAUGCAGGCAUUUCUUUGAGUGCCCUUCCCAUGUAUUUGAGUGAAAUAUCUCCUAAGGAAAUCCGUGGUUCAUUGGGUCAGGUCACAGCAAUUUUCAUCUGUAUUGGUGUUUUCACUGGUCAAGUUUUGGGGCUGCCAGAAAUAUUUGGGCAAGAAUCUCGGUGGCCUUACUUAUUUGGAGCGAUCAUUGUUCCUUCAUUGAUACAAGUCAUGAUUCUGCCUUUUCUUCCUGAAAGUCCUCGUUACCUCCUACUUGAAAAACAUAACACGAGCAAGGCAGAAAAAGCAUUUCAGACCUUCCUUGGGAAAGACGACGUGUCUCAUGAAAUAGAAGAAGUUUUGGCAGAGUCUCGAGUCCAAAGAAACACCAAGUUAGUGUCGAUACUUCAGCUCCUGAGAACCCGCGCUGUCCGAUGGCAGGUCAUUACCGUGGUCGUCACCAUGGGCUGCUACCAGCUCUGUGGGCUAAAUGCUAUCUGGUACUACACAAACAGCAUCUUUAGUGAAGCUGGGAUCAAUCAUGAAACAAUCCCUUAUGUUACUCUAAGUACUGGUGCUGUUGAGACUGUGGCUGCUGUUUUUUCUGGCUUAGUUAUUGAACGGCUCGGACGCAGGCCGCUUCUCAUCGGAGGUUUUGGGUUGAUGGUUGUCUUCUUUGCAGUACUUACCGUCUCUCUGACUUUACAGAAAACCGUGCAUUGGCUUCCUUACCUCAGUAUAUUUUGCAUCCUUGCAAUUAUUGCAUCGUUCUGCAUUGGACCAGGUGGGAUUCCAUUUGUCCUCACCGGCGAGUUUUUCCAGCAGUCGCAGAGGCCAGCCGCAUUCAUGAUAGCUGGGACAGUCAACUGGCUUUCCAACUUUGCAGUCGGACUGCUCUUCCCUUUCAUUCAGGGUGGUUUACAGACCUACUGCUUCCUAGUGUUUGCUGCCAUCUGCUUUGCGGGAGCUACCUACCUGUUUUUUGUCCUGCCUGAAACAAAAAAUAAGACAUUUCAUGAGAUCAACCAGGCAUUUGCCAAAAGGAAUAAAGUAUCUUUAGAAAUGCAAGAAAUGAACCACUAUCCGGGGGAGAGGAAAUCGAGUGCAGAACAAGAAUCAAACUUCACGUCUUCGGUGAACAAUGAGGAAACCAAAAAAGGGAUUGUGUAAACCCAGGAUGCUCUUUUGGGGGACGGGGGAAAACAUGCUCUUUUCAUUCAGUACGUUUAUAGCAGUGCACAACUUGUGUUUUUUAUGUGACAGCAUGAACUGCUUCCCCCUUGAAUACGUUUUAAGUGAGUACAGGUGAAUUCAUUAGCAGCUAGGGUGAUGGUUGAGGAAAUGAGAGGCGGGAGUAGCGGCAGCUGAUUAAAUAAAUAAGAGCUGGAGUUUUCUUGGGCACUUGCGAAAUAGGUGCUGUGGUGA